ACUUUUCCAGGCUGCGAUCUCGCGCUUUCGCCCCAAAAUUUUAGUUUUAGAUCAUUUUUUACGUUUUUUUCUUCUCUACACCUACCAUGGCCUCUCGUUCAACUUUCACUUCACAAGCUGGCAAUACUCUUCCCGAGUUACCAGUGAAACUACGGCCAUUUGAGUCCAGGGGCUUUGAGGAUUGUUUCUCGGCUGGUAAUCUAGACACAGAAUACAAUGAUUGCGUCUCCACCAAUCUCAAAAGCUUGGCAGCGAGAGAUAAAAAGCUCUUCGAGUGGAUACCCAUCUUUGAGGCCCAGAAGAGGAUCAAGACUGCUCUGGGGGUGUUUCUCAAGGAAGAAGCUGAAAGGAUAAAGAAAUCUUUUGAAGAAUACAAAAACAAAGGCAAAGACGAAGGUGAAGAUUCUGAAGAUAGCGACUCUGUAGAUGAGGAACAUGAUGAAGUACAAGUAAUGAUUCCUUUAGCAUUGCUUGAAGAUAAAGCAGCUCUAACGCAACUUGAAGUCCGUUCUUUCGUCUUCAAAAUUUGGGCGCGGAGAAUACAGCUCACAAGAAAGGAGGAUCAAGACAAGUACAAGAGUCUCCAGGAUUUUGAACACGCCAUUUACAACGCCCAAGAAUCCAUAAAACAUUUCAAAGACUUUAUUUUAGACAGACCGCGUUACAACAGAGAAGAAUUGCAAGCCAUGAUUCCUUANUGGAUCAAUUUUUACGUUUUCUUUUUCUUCUCUACACCUACCAUGGCCUCUUGUUCAACUUUCACUUUACAAUCUGGCACUACACUUCCCGAGUUACCAGUGAAACUACGGCCAUUUGAGUCCAGGGGAUUUGAGGAUAGUUUCUCGGCUGGUAAUCUAGACACAGAAUACAAUGUUUGCGUCUCCACCGAUCUCAAAAGCUUGGCAGCGACAGAUAAAAAGCUCCUCGAGCGGGUAUCCAUCAUUGAGGCCCAGAAGAGGAUCAAGACCGCUCAGAGGGUGUUUCUCAAGGAAGAAGCUGAAAGGUUAAAGAAAUCUUUUGAAGAAUACAAAUGCAAAGGCAAAGACGAAGGUGAGGACUCUCAAGAUAGCGACUCGAGAGACGAGGAAAAUGAAGUACGGUUAAUGCUUCCUUUAGCAUUCCUUGAAGAUAAAGCAGCACUAACGCAACUCGAAGUCCGUUCUUUCGUCUUCAAAAUUUGGACACGAAGAAUACAGCUCACAAGAAAGGAGAAUCAAGACAAGUACAAGAGUCUCCAGGAUUUUCAACACGCCAUUUACAACGCCCAAGAAUCCAUAAAACAUUUCAAAGAUUUUAUUUACAGCCAGCGUUACAACAGAGAAGAAUUGCAAGCCAUGAUUCCUUACCAUAAGGAACACCUUCAGAAGGCUUCAACUGAAACCUUGGAGGAAAAAGAAAAAGCCAGCUUUGAAAUGUUAGAAGAAGAUGUUGCUAUU